CGAAUUUCAAAUUGAGUUAUUAAAACUAUUCUGUGCAAUAAUUGCAACAAAUACGUUUUUACUUUUUGUUGUGUGGAAGAUUUAUGGUAAUCAGAUUUGCCAACGUUUUAUGAAGCCAGCCACACCUAAAGUGAUUGAAGAAUUGAAAAAGAGUGUAUCGCAACUGAAACUACCUAAACAGCACACACCGAGGAUAUAAUCACCAAAAUGGCAGACAAAAUUAAGAAAUUUUUCGAGAAGAAAAAGGUUGAGGCGAAGUUCAAGAUGGCGGGUCCUGGACAUAAAUUGAGUGACUCUAGCAAAAAGGCCGGCCCCAGCGGGUCAGAUAAAUCAGUAGGUUCGUCUUAUUCAGCACAGCGAGUGACUCCGUCAGAUGAAGCCAAACAAGCUGCAGCGGCAGCCUUGGCGAGGUUAGGUGGUGAAAAGAGAGACACGCCAUCUUUUAACACAUCUCUAGCUGCGAUCCAGGCCCAAGUAAAGCGUGAGCUUGAGGCAGAGAAAAAAAGGUUAGCAGCAGAAAAAGAGGGAAAAGAAGCGACCCCUCCUCCUGCUGAGAAACCCUCUGUAGACGAGGAUUUGUCCCCGUUGUUGGCCGUGAGAGGGGUGUACUUCAAGUGUCCGCUUAUAGGACCGGAAAUCCUUUCCAAGGAAGAGUGGAAGGGGAAGAUCAAAGAGUUCUUGUACGAGCAGCUAGCAGACGAGAAAGGCUUGACUGCUUGCCUCAUCAUUCACUCUUGCAACAAAAAUAAAGAUAAGGUCGAACAGUGUGUAGAGACACUUAGUAAAUAUUUAGAAAACAUAGUCAAUAAUCCCAACGAAGACAAGUACAGGAAAAUACGACUUUCAAACAGAAUCUUUCAAGACAAGGUGGCGGGUAUGGAAGGCACCAUGGAGUUUCUGGAAGCAGCUGGUUUUAGUCAACAGACGCUUCCAUUCCAAGAUGGUCAAGAACCUUUUCUAGUCUUUAACGAGUCUGGCUUACAAGACCUGGAAAGUCUUCAGUUGCUGAUAGACGCUCUGAGGAGUGCGGAGCCUAUAUCCUUGGAGCUGGAUCGCAACAUGCAAGUGCUGCUGCCGUCCCAGGCUGCUCAGAAGACCCAGCUGCCUUCUGACUUCUACACACUCACUCCCGAGGAGAUAAAGAGGGAACAGCAGUUGAGAACGGAAAGGAUAGAAAAUAGUAUGGUUCUUCGAACUAAAGCAAUGAGAGAAAAGGAAGAACAAAGGGAAAUGAAAAAGUACAAGUUUGCCCUCAUUCGGAUUCGCUUUCCAGAUGGUAUUCUUUUACAGGGUACCUUUGGUGUGUAUGAGAAGUUGAGUGACAUCAUUGAAUUUGUGAAAGAAAAUGUUGUUUCACCAGAAAAUGAAUUUGUACUGACCACAGGGACCGGCCAUCGUCUGGUUGAAGGGGAUUAUGGGAAAAACUUGCUCGAACUACAUUUAGUUCCAGCAUCGAUAUUAUUGUUUGUGUCCGUCGGCGAGACAAAAGAAGAAUCGUUUUUGAAACCGGAGGUUAUGAUUCAGCUGCAAUCUUUAUAAGGCCAAGACAAUUCUGAGCCAAGCUUUACCGUAAUUUUAAGUGGUACCAAACCUAUCCAUUCGACUCUAUAAUGACACUGUAUUAAUUUAUUCUGGAUCACUAAUGUAUAUUUUUCUAUUCCUUCAUUAUUUAAUGUUUGUUUUAGUAUUUAAAAGGAUUGUAUUAUACAUUGUUGAUAAAAU